AGAAAGAAGAGAAGAUGGCAAGAACCAAGCAGACUGCUCGUAAGUCCACCGGAGGCAAAGCCCCCAGGAAGCAGCUGGCCACCAAGGCUGCCCGUAAGAGCGCCCCGGCCACCGGCGGCGUGAAGAAACCUCAUCGUUACAGGCCCGGUACCGUCGCUCUCAGAGAGAUCCGUCGCUACCAGAAAUCCACCGAGCUGCUCAUCCGCAAGCUGCCCUUCCAGCGUCUGGUCCGUGAGAUCGCUCAGGACUUCAAGACCGACCUGCGUUUCCAGAGCUCCGCCGUCAUGGCUCUGCAGGAGGCCAGCGAGGCUUACCUGGUCGGUCUCUUCGAGGACACCAAUCUGUGCGCCAUCCACGCCAAGAGGGUCACCAUCAUGCCCAAAGACAUCCAGCUGGCCAGAAGGAUCCGCGGAGAGAGAGCUUAAACUAUCUGCUCCUUAAACAACAUCCACAACGGCUCUUUUAAGAGCCACCUACCUCACACUAAAGACAUUUAUCCUAUCCUCUCAAUACUGAAGCAUGUAAAAUAAGAAUCCUUUAUUUACCUCACAAUGGGGAAAUUUAAAGUGAACACAGUACAAAAAAAAAUCUUACCCAAUAAAGUA